AGCCAUUUUGGCUCAAGGCUCCUCUUGGGCCUGCCGCGCGGCCGCAUGGGCCUGCCGCGGGCCCUCGCCGACGCCCGCGUCCCCGCGGUGGCGGCGCUCCUGUCGUGCGCCGUCCUCGCCCACUGCCUCCGGGCGGCCGGCCUCGGUGGAAGGGGCGGCCCGCGGCCAGCGGCCUGGGGCCUCGCCGGGCGCAGGCCUUCGUGGGCGAAGCCGGUGGCGGUCUUCGUGCAGGUGGGCAACCCGUCGGUGUGGCCUCCCCUGCAGGAGUGCUUGACGAACGUGCUGAUCGCGGCGGGCUCGGCCGCUCCUCCUCGCCGAGUGGACGUCUAUGUGGGCAGACCCGUUUGGGUGCCUGGCCAGAGGCAGGAGGCCAUCCAGAAGAUGGUUGACGACGCCGCCAGUUGGGUGCAAAACUGGUCGGGGGCCCAGCUUCAUAUGAAUCUGUCGCUGGCGAACAAGGGCGCCGACACGGGCAUCUUUUUCCAGCAGGUGUUGGCUUUGAGCGACCCUUCGAGAUACGACAUGCUGCUGAAGCUGCACACGAAGUCCGACGCGCGCUGGCGUUGCACCAUGCUGAUGUCGCUCUGUGGGAGUUCGGAGCAGGUCAGCAAGAUAUUGUCGAGAUUUGAUGGGCAGCCAGACCUUGGAAUAAUAGGCCCGUGGUCACUAACAUGGACGUGGGAUACACCAGUAGAGGAGACUUACGAGAAGAAGGGGGGCAAUGCCUUUACAAUGCUCGACGGCCAGAAACAAAUGGAAGACUAUAUGAAAAGGGUGUGGGCCGACAUUUUCCAGAACAGUAGUUUUCCUGCCCGCGAUCAGUACCUCAUGGCCGCAGGUUCUAUGUAUUGGGCACGCUCCGCACCGCUAUUGGAAAAUGUGCAGUUCAGGGAUGCAGCUUCUCGAUGGAUUGAAUCAUGGACCACGAAGCCCUACAAGACUGCGUGCUCAGAAGAUGUUUGUUUACAGUUAUAUGCACUGGAGCGGAUCAUGCUAACAAUGAUCCAGGCACGAUAUGGUUUUGUUGGUGCAGAGGCGCCAGACAAAUACGGCUUGGAUAAGAGUAAGCGAGCAUAUCGGCAGACAUUUCGAGAACAUGGAUGGAGCAAUGACAAGAACAGAUACGUGUGCCAGCGAUUGUCUGCGAAUCGUUGACCUUUUUAAGCUUACAUUGCGCACCCCAACAAAUCAUGUCCCCAGAAAGCCUUGCGGGGACAUGGCUUCAUGGGCCCGAGAGUUUCUGGAGGCUCUGAAGUAGCAUGACGCUACCAGAGAGCUGUCUGGGAAGUUGCUUGAGAACGUGACUGAUCGCCUUCUCGCGGCCCUCUGCGGAUCGUUUCGCACAAAGGUGCCCCAAGUGCCCUUUUGAACCGUAUGGUAGCACCCAGGACGUGUUCCGGUUUCUCCGGACCCUGGGGCCCGAGUCUGUGACUUAGUGAUCGGCUUCAGCCGGUCCUACGAAGGGGGCCAGGAGGUCUUCGUGAGGAGAUUCAGAAGCGCUUGAUGGUUCUCCGGAGGCGUCCAUCCGUCGACGACGACGACGACGCUGACGACGUAACGACGAAAAGGACGACGACGCCGGCGCGCUUAUGAUGGCUCGCGAGAUUCCUGAUAAACCUUACGUCUGGAGUCGCUCUUUCCGUCGUCCGACCUAAGUGUCAGACCGUUGGUUCUUUCUGCGUGCCCCGUGCCUCUCUGGACACUGCUGCGACUGAGGGCGGACAGCGCGACACGUGCAUCGUAGAGCGAGAUUCCUUAGUGGUUCAGUCGGGUAUUUAUUGUCCAGAGCGGAUCAUGCAGCUGCAUGACUCCACGACCACCCGUCGGGUGAAAAAAAAAGCACAUAGUAGCUGCCCCAGAGCUAAUUGACAGGGGAACAUGCCAGGAGGACGCGCCGCGGAACGUCCCAAGGGAUGCGCCAGGCGACGUGCCAAGGGACGUGCCACGAAGACGCACCGCGGGACGUGCCGAGGGGACGCGCUACGGAACGUGCCAAUGCACGUGCCACGG